AUGCUUCGGGGUAAGACGCUCCACCUUGCGCAGCUGCUUCUCACGGUAGCCCCUGCUUUUAUCAGUUACGGAUACAAUCAAGCUGGAGUAGCACCACUGGCCAGCUUGCAGUCAUGGGUGACCCAUUUCCCAGAUAUCGACACAGUCAAUACCGAGGGCGCCAUCAAGGAGAGAAACUCGACCCGAAAGGGUGCAGUCAUUGCCUCUCUUCAAUUGGGAGCCCUUGUGGGCUCACUUUCAUGCACCUACUUCGGUGAUCGCCUCGGCCGACGCAAGACCAUUUUUAUGGCUGCUGUUAUUACCAUCAUUGGAGAACUCCUCCAAACAUCAUCGUAUAAUAUCAUUCAGUUUACCCUUGGCCGAGUCAUUCUGGGCAUUGGCAUUGGGCAGCUCAGCGCCACUGUACCAGUGUGGCAAGCUGAAUGUAGUUCUGCAAAGCAUCGUGGGCAACACGUCGUGGUCGAUGGAAUCUGCAUGGUUCUAGGCUUCGUGAUCACCAAUUGGGUGGAUUACGGCUUUAGUAAGACAUCCGGGGAGAUACAGUGGCGUGUUCCAUUGGCACUGUCUUUCAUCUUUCCUUUGACCAUCCUUGGGUCUGUAUUUCUGCUACCUGAAUCACCACGAUGGCUGGUUUUCGUAUCAAGGACAGAUGAGGCUGCAGAAAGUUUAGCGGCCUACAGAGACCUCUCUGUCAACGAUGAAGCGGUGCAGACAGAAAUUGCGACUAUAGAGUCAUCAUUGGAGCUCACAGCGCAGUCAAAGAGCCUCACGUUCCGAGAGUUGUUCCUAGGCACUGAUGAGGAGCGUCUUCUUUAUCGAUUUGCUCUCUGUCUCGUCAUUCAAUUUUUUCAACAGAUGUGUGGCGGCAAUCUGAUCUCAACUUAUAUUUCGACCAUUUUUGAGGAAAAUUUACAUUUAGGGUCGGAACUGUCUCGGAUUCUCGGCGCUAGUGCACUGACAUGGAAGUUCGUCUGUAACUUCAUUCCCUUCUUCGCGAUCGACCGCCUCGGCCGACGCAAGGUGUUUAUUAUUAGUGGUGCUGGCAUGUCUCUCUGCAUGAUAGUAUUGGCUAUCACGACAAGCUUUGAGAACGCCUCUAGAGGACUGUCAAUUGUCUCGGUAGCCUUUAUCUGGCUCUUCAACAUGUUCUAUCCAAUUGGCUUCUCUGGUGCAAACUUCGUCUACUGCACUGAGGUUGCGCCUAUGCGUUUGCGUGUUGCUAUGUCGUCUGCAUCCACGGCAAAUAAGUGGCUGUGGAACUUUGUUGUGGUGAUGAUCACGCCUGUUGCACUCGAUACAAUUGGAUGGAAAUACUACAUCCUCUACGCUGUCAUUUCAGCGUGCAUUCCUGUGACAGUUUAUCUAUUUUACCCAGAAACUAUGGGUCGCAACCUGGAGGCCCUGAACCAUGUUUUCCGUGAUGCUCCCUCUGCUUGGCAUAUUGUGAAUAUGGCUAAAAAUCUUCCUCAGGGGGAUGUGCCUGAUAGACAUGUUCAGGAGCCGGGGGAGAAGGUGAUGGUCGAGAUGAAGGAGCGCGUUUAA